AUGGCGGGGCGGCCGGGGUACGUCACGCUGCCGAUAAUCUCGGUGUUCGCCGCGAUCGGGUACGUCUACUACACCGCGGUGUUCCUCGCGAUCCCCGCGUGGCUGGGGCUCGCCACGGCGGCGGGGGUCGCCAACGUCGCGGCCUACACCGCGCUCGCGCUCGCCUGCGUCGCCGCCUACGGCCUCGUCGUCACGCGCGACCCGGGCCGCGUGCCGCCCGCCUUCGUGCCCGACGUCGAGGACACGGAGACCCCCCUCCAUGAGAUCAAGCGCAAGGGUGGUGAUUUGAGAUACUGCCAGAAGUGUUCUCAUUAUAAACCUCCUCGCGCGCAUCAUUGUCGUGUCUGCAAGAGAUGUAUUCUGAAAAUGGAUCACCACUGUAUUUGGAUUAACAAUUGUGUUGGGCAUGAGAAUUACAAAAUUUUCCUCGUCUUUGUGUUGUAUGCUGCAACCGCAAGCUUCUAUUCUUUGGCUCUGAUGAUUGGAGGCGUAGUGCAUAGUGUGCCUACAGAUGAACAAUCAGGAAUUGAUUCUCCAAGAAAAUCGUUAGUUAUUUGUGGCGUCUUUGUGGGUGUAAUGACUUUGGCGUUGUCUAUCCUCUUGGUCUGGCAUGUUUACCUCAUCUUACAUAAUAAGACUACUAUUGAGUACCAUGAAGGAGUUAGGGCAAUGUGGUUGGCAGAAAAGGCUGGAAAUCUUUACCAUCAUCCAUAUGAUCUCGGUGUCUAUCAUAAUAUUGUUUCGGUCCUAGGCCCCAACAUGCUAUGCUGGUUCUGCCCUGUAUCGAGGAACAUAGGCGACGGCGUUCGUUUCCGCACAUCGUAUGAUAUUCCGCUAUCGACACCACCAUCCAAAGCAGAAAAGCAUCUGGCAAUGUCUUGA